AUAAGUGAUUGUAUAUGAGAGGGAUAAUUGAUAAUAGAAGAGUAUGUUAAAAUAAUUUAAUCUUAUGAUGAUACAUAUUGAUAUUUUUUAUAUUAACGGAUGAAGGAACAUAAGGAUGGAAUUUAUUAAGGAGGAUAAAAUAAAAAAGAGCAAAAGCAUGGGGUUGGAGUAUACUUAUGGGAUGUUGGUUGUGCUUAUUAUGGAGAGUGGAAAGAGGAUUUGAUAGAUGGAUAAGGGAUUUUGUUUUUAGGUGGAUAGAUAAUAAUUUAAGGAGGUUUUAAGAAAGGAGUAGCACAUGGUUAUGUAGUAAUAAAGGUUGGUAGAAGAGUGUUUUAUAGUUAAUUUGAUAAAGGAGAGGCUUUAUUUAUAUAGGAAGGAGAGAGAAAGAUUACAAUAUAAUAAUCUAGUGCAUAGAUAACAUGUGAUUGUGGUGAUGAAACAGAUAGAAUAUUAUAAGGAAUAAGUAAAUUAUAAUAAGGGGAUUUAUAAAUAUAGUUGUUUAAUCAUUGUAUAUACUAUGGGAAUGUCGGUAAGGCGAAUUUACCAAAUGGAUUAGGAAUAGAGAUAUCAAAUUUAUUUUAUUAGUGUGGUUAAUUUGUAGAUGGAAAAUUGAAUGGUUUAGGUAGAUUAGAAUAAUAGGAUGAGAUAUAUUAGGGAUCAUUUUAAUAAGGUUAAUAUCAUGGGAAUGGAUUGAUGAUAAUUUAAAAUUAAUAAAUACAAUGGGUGAAAGGGAGAUACAAUUAGGGAUAAUUGAUAGAGAUUAAGAGUAGUGGUUAUUUAGAUUAAAUGGAAACACCUCAAGAAUUAGUGUGUAAUUCGUCAUUAUAUCUUUAUUAGUUACUUAUAGUAAGAAAACCAAUUAGUAAUAUCUAAUCACACCAAUCUCAAAGGAUAUUAUUCUAGGAUAUAUAAGAUUAUUUGAAGUCAUGUAAUUUGUUAGACUUCGUGUAAAUACUCUCACUGAAAUUUAAUCAUAAUAGUAUCCAUCUCUUAGAAAAUAUAGUACUAAUACUAAUACUAAUACAUUAAGUAAAUCAGUUGAAGAAAUAAGAAAAUUAUAAAGUUAAUUUAAUACUAGAAAUCUUAAUUAAUAAAAUCAAAUCUAUGAAUUCAUACUAGAUCAACAUGAUGAAAAUUAGACAUAGAGAAAAACUGAUACUUAAUAAUCUAGAACUAAAACUUAACCUACCGAUGAUUAUUAUGAAAAUAAAAUCUCAUUUGGUUUAUUAGAAAUACCUAGUCUCAAAAAUUCUAGAAAAACUGCUGCAUUUUAAAAUGAAGAACAACAAUACCAAAUCAAAAAAAACAAUGAUUAUAAUAAUUCAAAAAGAUCAUCCACUUAAAAUGAAGUUAAAUAAGUUUAACAAUAAUAAUAAUAAACUAAUGAUCGUAUGUUAACCUUAAAAAAUAUUUUAGAAGCUUAAAAAUAAAAAUAUAGUUCUGAUUCUAAACAAAAGAAAACUGUUUUUGCUGAUAUUUAAUAAAAUUCUUCAACUGCUCAAAAAACAAAAUAGAUUAUAUAAUAGAAUAAUAACAACUUAUAAUGCUUAAGUGAGGUUGUUUAAAAAGAGUUAAAUAGAUCUCCGCCUAGUGAGGAAAGACGAUCUACAAUAAAACCUAUAUACAAUUAAAGUGAAGAAAAUGAAUAAAAUUAGUUCAGUUCUCAUAAACCAUAACCAAGUAAAUUUAAUGUUGAUUAUACUGCUGCUUAUAAUGAUCAUAAAACAAAGAUUCAUAGUUUGCUUAAUAAAUUCAAUAGUAUAAAAAUAAAACCUACUAUAAAAUUAGUAUCAUAAAACUUUGGAUUGUCUACAAAAUCUUUGAAUUCAAAAUAAUCAAUACAAAAGGUUUAUGAUACAAAUGAAGUAGUACCUUUAAAUAAUAUUUAAAAUUGUAUAUCUUUAAUUUCACAUAAAAAUACUAUAAAUGAAAGAAAUUUGUAAACUUCAUUAGAGAAACAUUAAUCUAAAAAGAUGGAUGAUUCAUAUUAUCAUUCUUAAUGUAAUGGUAAUUGUACUUAAAUUUAAUCAGAAGAUUAAAAUACUAAGUAUAUAUAAGAAAUUAGAUAAGAAUUAGCAGAAUAAAAAUAAAUGCUUACAUAAUUAUUUUAAUCUAUUUAAUAGAAAUAAACAUAAGUUAAUAAAAAUUAAUUCAUUAAAAGAUUACUAAAUACUCCUCAAAGAAAUAUUUAAUUAUAACAACAACAACAACCAAAAUAAGUAUAUGUAUAUCCUACAUUUACACUUGUAAAAUCGGUUUCUCCAGUUAGAAUUUGA